AUGAGUGAGGAAAAUAAGACCAUGAUUACUGUGAUCCACCUCUUAGGGUUUCGGACUCCACCAAAUACAACAUUUUUAAUAUUUGUUUUAUUUCUGUUGCUUUAUUGUUUGACACUUUGUGGAAACCUCCUGAUCAUCACACUGGUGUCCUACAGCAAAUCCCUCCACUCUCCCAUGUACUUCUUCCUCUCCCAGCUCGCUUUAGCUGAUAUCCUUUUAGCAACCGAUAUUCUUCCCAACAUGCUCCAUGCUUUUUUGGUGGAAAAUAUUACCUUCAUUUCCAUUUCUAACUGUAUCACCCAGUUAUAUUUCUUUGCUGUCUCAGAAACCUCAGAGUGUCUUCUUCUGACAUUGAUGUCCUACGACAGAUAUUUGGCAAUUUGUAAGCCAUUGCAUUAUACCAUGCUGAUGAACCACCAAUUUUGCUGGAUAACAAUUAUCACAAGUUGGAGUUUAAGUUUCCUAGCAGUAUUGACUUAUACUUUAGACAUAUCUAAAUUACAGUUUUGUGGUCCCAAUAUUAUUGAUCAUUUCUUCUGUGAUCUUGACCCAAUACUACAACUCUCUUGCUCUAAUACCAUCCUUGUACAACUACUAGUAACAUUAUCAACUCUACUCUUUGGCUUCAUCCCCUUUUUUGUCAUCAUUAUAUCAUAUGUUCAUAUUAUAAUCACCAUUUUUAAAAUCCCAUCUAUUAGUGGGAGGCAGAAAGUUUUCUCAACAUGCAGCUCCCACCUGACUGUUGUUUCCAUAUUUUAUAGUUCCUUAAUAUUUGUUUAUUUGAUACCCAGUAGAGGACAAUCAUUGAACAUUACUAAAUUCCUGGCAUUACUGUACACUGUGGUCACCCCUAUGCUUAAUCCGAUUAUAUACAGCCUGAGGAAUAAAGACCUGAAAAAUGUUGUAAAGAGAAUUAUCAACAACCUUUUGGAGUUGCAUUUCCAUAAUCAUUAA